UGUGGUUGACCAAUAUAAACAGGGCACCACCGCCAUGGAAAUAUCAUACGAGGUAUGUCAAGCACAGAGAACUCAAGCAAAAAAUCUGACGAUUUCCAACAAGUUCCAGGACUGAUGGAUGCUGGAGGAAGCUUGGGAGGAGGAAUGAACGGUAUGGGAGGCGGCAUGGGUGGAACAGGUGACCUCAGCAUGGGCUUUGGCGCAGGGGCCACCUCGAUUGGUGAGGGUGGUGGAGCCACCAUGGAAGGUAUGCCAUCACUAAUGGGUGGGCCCAUGCAAAUGCCAGGUGGAGGUAUGGCUGGACCAGCGGCUUCAAUGCAAGGCAUGGAGGGAGGACCAAUGCCGAUGCCCAUGGGAGGAGCUGGAGGCCCAUCGGAAGGUGGACUGAUGUCUAAGCAGUUUAUCGAAGGAGGAGAAGGAGGCAUGGGAGGUGGCAUGCACGCAAUGCCAAGCAUGGCCGGAAUGGGCGGUAUGGGAGGAAUGGGUGGCAUGGGAGGCAUGACCUCGAUGGGAGGAAUGGGUGGCAUGGGCGGAAUGGGAGGCCUUGGAGGCAUGGGCGGUGGAAUCGCUGGAAUGAACAUGGAAGGAGGGAUGCCUAACAUGGGAGGAAUGGAGAAUGCUGGUGGUGCAGCCAUGUUUGGCGGAGCUCAGGAAAUAGGAGGCCAGAUGGGAAGCCCCAUGGGUGGUCCUAUGCAAAAUGCUCUUCAAGGAGCCAUCGGUGGAGGAAUGCCAGGAGGGGCACAGAAACGCACAAAGAUGGGAAAAGUACACAAGUUACUGAGUAAACUUAGCAAGAGGAAGGAAAUCAAGAAACACCACCACAAACACUGAGUAAAAUGAACAAUGACCGACCACAAUAGUAUUGGCACAUUGACCUGUAUGAUUUUAAAAUAGGGUAUCCCAGUGGACAUACCCUUAAGCAUUUGAGGUCGUGGAUUUCACCUGGUCCUUAAAGGAUUGGAGUAACAUAGCAUGAUGAUUCUAGUCAUUCCCAAAGAUUAUUGACAGAACAUUUUCAAAUGCAGCUCUUUUCAAUUUUAGUUCGUUCAGCUGUGAUUGGAGACUGUUGUCCUUGAUCAUCGCGUCAGUGAAAAAUGUCUUAUUAUUUUUUACAGAAUACUAGAAAAAGUUUCAGCAGCUCAUAUGUGAGUGUUGUAUUAAUAUGAACUGCCUCUGAGCAUAAAAUAAUAGAAAAAUAA